UCGGUGUGUGGACAAGGAGAGCAGCCUGGUCCUGCUAGGAGGUCGCUCAGCGAGGAUGAGGGGCUCCAUGGCUUCAAAAUCCAGCGUCCUCAAAGCCCAGAGUCCUGGCAGCGUCUCCAAUGGCCAAGCCGCGUCUCAAGGACAGUGGGGCCGGGCCUGGGAGGUGGACUGGUUCUCCCUGGCCAGUGUCCUCUUCCUGCUGGCCUUCGCCCCCUUCAUUGUCUACUACUUCAUCAUGGCCUGUGACCAGUAUGACUGCUCGCUGACCACCCCCAUAGUGGACCUGGCCACCGGCCGGGCUGGCCUCGCAGACAUCUGGGCCAGGACGCCGCCCGUGACAGCCAGGGCCGCCCAGCUCUACACCUUGUGGGUCACCUUCCAGGUUCUCCUGUAUACGCUGCUCCCUGACUUCUGCCACCGGGUUCUGCCAGGCUACGUCGGGGGAGUCCAGGAGGGGGCAGUGACUCCGGCAGGGGUUGUGAACAAGUACCAGAUCAACGGCUUGCAGGCCUGGCUCAUCACACACCUGCUGUGGUUCGCCAACGCUUACUUCCUGCACUACUUCUCUCCCACCAUCAUCUUCGACAACUGGAUCCCACUGCUGUGGUGCGCCAACAUCCUUGGCUACGCCGUGUCCACCUUCGCCAUGAUCAAGGGCUACUUCUUCCCCACGAGCGCCGAAGACUGCAAGUUCACAGGCAACUUCUUCUACAACUACAUGAUGGGCGUGGAGUUUAACCCUCGGAUCGGGAAGUGGUUUGACUUCAAGCUCUUCUUCAAUGGACGCCCGGGGAUCGUCGCCUGGACCCUCAUCAACCUGUCCUUCGCCGCCAAGCAGCAGGAGCUCCACGGCCACGUGACCAACUCCAUGAUCUUGGUCAACGUCCUGCAGGCCAUCUACGUGGUGGACUUCUUCUGGAAUGAGACCUGGUACCUGAAGACCAUCGACAUCUGCCACGACCACUUCGGGUGGUACCUGGGCUGGGGUGACUGCGUCUGGCUGCCCUACCUUUACACGCUGCAGGGCCUGUACCUGGUGUACCACCCCGUGCAGCUGUCCACCCCGCACGCCCUGGGCGUCCUGCUCCUGGGGCUCGUGGGCUACUACGUCUUCCGUAUGGCCAACCAUCAGAAGGACCUGUUCCGCCGCACGGAUGGGCGCUGCCUCAUCUGGGGCCGGAAGCCCAAGGCCAUCGAGUGUGCGUACACGUCGGCCGACGGGCAGCGCCACCACAGCAAGCUGCUGGUGUCCGGCUUCUGGGGCGUGGCCCGCCACUUCAACUACACGGGCGACCUGAUGGGCAGCCUGGCCUACUGCCUGGCCUGCGGCGGGGGCCACCUGCUGCCCUACUUCUACGCCAUCUACAUGACCAUCCUGCUGACCCACCGCUGCCUGCGCGACGAGCACCGCUGCGCCAACAAGUACGGCCGGGACUGGGCGCGCUACACCGCCGCCGUGCCCUACCGCCUGCUGCCCGGGCUCUUCUAGGGACCUGCCCGGCGGCUCGGGGCCGCUGCGUGGCGCUAGCGGGGCCGCGGCCGGGAGGGGGGCCGGCGUCCCGGCUCCCCCCUCCAGGAAGCCCGGCCUCCGCACCUGUACCGUGGGAAGCCCUGGCGCCGGGCACCGCCGGCGGGGGCUGGGGGCGCCACCAGGCUGCUGCUCCUCCCCCGCGGGCCCCCCCCAAGGGGACGCG